UGCAGAUGGACAUCAGGAAAUUCUUCAUCCAAAACAGAGGCAGGGAGGGAAGCAGUAAGGAGAGAUGAGGAUAAGGUGGAGGGAGCUAUAUAAGAGCCACACAUCCACACAGAGCUACACAAACCUUCACAGCGAGUUUCCAGCGACUAUCAGCAACUUGUCAGCAAUUCAUCAGUGACUAUCAGCGGUUUAAUCUUCAUAGUGCUUGCAAAUUCUUCAGCUGGUAUGGAAGUCAAAGAAACAUGCUUCAUCCUCCCGAUCAACCCCAACCAUUUCCCGAGCAAGUUGUGGCGUUUGGUGAACAAUCCUCAAAUUUGCUCAAUCUGCUGGGACUCCGGUGAGGAACAAAUACUCAUCUAUCAGGAACCCUUUGAAGAAGAAGUGCUAGGUUCUCCUAAUGAGCAGACGAGAGCGUACUUCAAAACCACUUCCAUUAUCAGUUUCUUUCGCCAGCUAAACCUGUAUGGUUUCAGAAAAGUGCACCCAGAUCAUGACAGCUCAGAGAAGCAGCAACUCUGCAAAGCUUUCACCUAGGCCCAGCGGCAUCACUUUCACAACGAGUAUUUCAGACGGGCUAACCCAGAGCUUCUGGUCAAACUAAAGCGACUCAUGCCUGGCAACAAGGCCAAGAUUGCUGCUGGGAUAAAGGUGACCAGCAAGUCAACAAAGUGCUUCUGUUAUCAGACAGUGAAUUCACCCAAGGAAAACUCUGCUACGAUGAAAAACGAUUCAGUCUUGGUUGAGGAAACUCCUCACAACCAUCAUGGUGAUGGCUCACAGAAUGUGACGGAUUGUGACAGGACAUCUGAACCCUCCCAAGCAUCUGUAAUGGGCCAUGGCAAUCCAGGCUCUGGGUUCCACCACUUCCUGAUGAACUUCCUGGAUUGUUCACACCAAUCCAGCUGCAGGCACAUCCAUGAAGGCUCACCAAGCUCAAUGCCUGCUGGGAUGUUUAUACCUCAUCACUCACAUUACGGAUUUUACACACCAGGCUGAUGCUUCCAGCAGUCUGCUCACCACAUGAAGACCGUUUGACCAGGCACCUCAUGUUUAUUUUGAGUGGACACAUUGGAAAUAUGUUAACCGAGUGUCUUUAUUCCAUUUCCUGACAAAUAUCACUCAGAAGGUACUGCAUGAAAGCCAGUCAUGUAACUGAUUGAUUGUCUCUUGCAUGUUUUUUGCUGUCUUGCUUUUCGAUAAAUCACUCUUACCUGCUGAACUGCUAGUCUUGCUUUUGAGUCCAGUCAUCUUGACACACUUAACGUUUAGUUUAUUACACAGGGUUUGGCAUGCAGAUAUAACGAGCAUGGCAUUUAAUUAUCAAAGCCAACUUUGGUGUUUCCUAAACGAUUUCUUUUACAAAAAAUGCCUGUGCAUAUACUGACCAAUGACCUGUAAAUUAUCAAACAGCUCUUUUACAUUGUCCACGGGGGGAAAAAAAACAAGAAAACAAACUUGGACACAGUCUUAUUUGAAAAUAACAUGCAAUAUUUGUAUAGAUUUAACAAUCCAGCCACUGGGGGUGCAUAAGCGUACUCUUGGUGCCGGUCCCAAGCCUGGAUAAAUGGAGAGGGUUGUGUCAGGAAGGGCAUCCGGUGUAAAAACUGUGCCAAAUCUAACACGCGGAAUGAAAAGAGAAAUACCAUACCGGAUCGGUCGGGGCCCAGGUUAACAACUACCGCCUCUGGUACUGUUGGUCAACAGGGUGCCGGUGGAAAGUGUGCGACUGUUGUGCCAAAACGGAGAAGGAGAAAGAGAGGGGGGAGGCAUGUUAGGAGAGAGCAUGAAAGAUGGAAGGGAGGGAGCUUAGAAUUGAGGGUAGGAACACUGAAUGUGGGAAUAUUGACUGGCAGAGCAAGAGAGUUAGCAGGUAUGAUGGAAAGAAGGAAGUUGGACAUUGUGUGUGCAGGAGAUGAGGUGGAAAGGAAGCAAGGCCAAGAACAUUGGAGAUGGAUGCAAGUUGUUUUAUUAUGGAGUGGAUGGAAAGAGAAAUGUUGUUGGUAUUGUUUUGAGGGGAGAGUUGGUCAACAGUGUGAUUGAUGUGAAGAGGGUGUCAGAGUGAUAGGCAUCAAUUUGGAGAUUCAAGGAGUGGUAAUCAAUGUUCUGUGUGCGUACACCCCACAGGUUGGAUGUGAGAAUGAAGAGAGUCUUUCUGGGAAAAGAUGGAUGAAGUGGUAGAAAGUAUACCGAGAGAGGAGUGUGUGCUGAUGGGAGCAGAUUUCAAUGGACAUGUUGGUGAGGGAAACCGAGGAGAUGAGGACGUGAUGGGCAGAUAUGGUGUAAGGGAGAGAAAUGUGGAAGGGCAAAUGGUGGUUGAUUUUUCAAAGAGGAUGAAUUUGGCAAUAGUUAAUACAUACUUUGAGAAAAACAUCACCCUGUGCUGCUCUAAAAGUGGAGGAAGAUCUACAGAGGUGGACUAUAUACUCUGCAGAAGGGGUAACCUGAAGGAGAUUGGAGACUGUAAAGUGAUGGCAGGGGAGAGUGUAGCUAGACAACAUCAAGUGGUUGUGUGCAGGAUGAGCUUGAAAGUGAAAAAGGGGAAGUGUGAAAUAGUGGAGCCAAAGAUUAAGUGGUGGAAACUAAGAGGUUGAACAUCAGAAGGAGUUUAGGGAAGAAAUAAGACGAGCAUUGAGUGGUUAUGGAAGUCUGCCAGAAGAUUGGGAUACUACUGCUAUACUAGUAAGAGAGGCAGCAAGGAAGGUGCUAGGGUGGUCAUCGGGAAGGAGGAAGGAAGACAAGGAGACAUGGUGGUGGAACAAAGGAAAUUAUAAAAGAGAAGAGGCUAGCAAAGAAGAAUUGGGACGAUCAGAGAGACGAGAAAAGCAGGCGGUUAUACAGAGAGGCGAGACAGAAGGCAAAAAGAGUGGUAGUGAAGGCGAAAGCAGAUGCAUACCAGGAGUUCUACGAAAGACUGGAGACCAAAGAAGGAGAGAGAGACCUGUACAGACUAGCUAGGCAGAGAAACAGGGAAGCGAGGGAUGUACAGCAGGUAAGAGUGAUGAAAGAUGUAAAUGGAAAUGUGUUGACAAACAAUGAGAGUAUAUUUAGAAGGUGGAAAGAGUACUUUGAGGAUUUAUUAAAUGAGAAGAAUCCAAGAGAGAAAAGGUCAGAUUCAUUGGAGACAACAAAUCAGGAAGCAGAGUUGGUUAGUAAGGAUGAGGUGAGGGCAGCCAUGAAAAGAAUGAAGACUGGGAAAGCAGUCGGACCAGAUGGUAUCCCGAUUGAGGCUUGGAGAUGUUUGGGGGAGACGGCUAUGGAGUUCCUAACGAGAUUGUUUGUUUAAGAUCCUAGAGAAUGAGAAAAUGCCAAAUGAAUGGAGAAAGUGUGUGCUAGUCCCAAUAUACAAGAAGGGAGAUGUACAGAGCUGCAGUAAUUACAGAGGAAUAAAAUUGAUGAGCCACACCAUGAAGCUAUGGGAAAGGGUAUUGGAGGCGAGAUUGAGAAGAGAGGUAGCAAUCUGUGAACAGCAGUAUGGGUUUAUGCCAAGGAAGAGCAUGUCGGAUGCAAUUUUUGCUUUAAGAAUGUUAAUGGAGAAGUACAGAGAAGGCCAGAGAAAGCUACAUUGUGUGUUUUGUAGACCUGGAGAAGGCAUACGAUAGAGUGCCGAGAGAUGAGUUAUGGUAUUGUAUGAGAGAGUGGAGUGAAUGAGAAGUAUAUUAGAGUGGUGCAAGACAUGUAUGAGACCAGUGAAACAGCAGUGAGGUGUGCAGUUGGAACAACUGAAUGGUUCAAGGUGAAGGUGGGACUACAUCAAGGAUCUGCUUUGAGUCCUUUCUUGUUUGCCAUAGUGAUGGAUAGCUUGAUGGACGAAGUGAGGCAAGAGUCACCAUGGACCAUGAUGUUUGCGGAUGAUAUUGUGAUGUGUGGUGACAGGAGGUUGAGUUGGGUUUGGAGAGAUGGAGGUAUGCGUUGGAAUGAAGGUGAGCAGUAGCAAAACAGAAUACAUGUGCAUCAAUGAGAAUGGGGAUGAGUGUCGUGAAGAUGCAAGGAGUAGAUGUAAAGAAAGUUGGUGAAUUCAAGUACCUGGGGUCAACUGCGCAGGAAAAUGGGGGCUGCGAUAGUGAGGUGAUAGAGAGUGCAGGCAGGGUGGAGCAGUUAGAGAAGGAUUUCGGGAGUCAUUUGUUAUAGGAAAGUCCCAGCAAAAGUGAAAGGUAAGAUGUAUAAGACAGUAGUGAGACCAGCUGUGAUGUAUGGAUUGGAGACUGUACCCUUAACGAAGUGACAGGAGGCAAAGUUGGAGGUGGCGGAGUUGAGGAUGUUAAGGUUUGCGAUGGGAGUGACUAGGUUGGACAGGAUAAGGAACAAGCACGUCAGACAGCACAUGUGGAGAGCUUGGGAAUUAAGCUAAGAGAGAUGAGACUGAGAUGGUAUGGGCACAUCUUGAGAAUAGAUGCAGAGCAUGUUGGAAGGAGAAUGUUGAGGAUGGAUCUGCCAGGCAAACAAAAACGAGGAAGGCCAAAGAGGAGAUACAUGGAUGUGGUGAGAGAGGACAUGAAAGUGGCAGGUGUGGUAGACAGGGAGCAAUGGAGACGAAAGAUCUGCUGUGGCGACCCCAAAUCAGGAGCAGCCAAAAGAUGAUUUGUAUAGAUUUAAUAAUUGCACAUACUAGUGCAUCUAAAAAAAUUAGAAUACCAUGAAAAAGUUCCUUUUUUUUCAUAAUUUAAUUCAAAAAGGUAAACUUUCAUAUAGUCUGUAUUCAUUACAUGUAAAGUGAAAUAUUUAAAGCCUUUUUUGUUUUAAUUUUGAUGAUUAUGGUUUAUAGCUCAUGAAGAUCAGAAAUCCAGUAUCUCAAAUGAUUAGAAUAUUCCCUAAGAUCAAUCAAAAAAAGGAUUUACAAUACAGAAAUGUCCAACUUCUGAAAAGUAUAUUCAAUUAUACACUCAAUACUUGGUUGGGGCUCCUUUACCAUAAAUUACUGUAUCAAUGUGGUGUGGCAUGGAGGUGAUCAGUCUGUGGCACUGCUGAGGUGUUAUUGAAGCCCAGGUUGCUUUGAUAGUGGCCUUCAGCGUAUCUGUAUUUUUGGGUCAGAUGUUUCUCAUCUUCCUCUUGACAAUACCCCAUAGAUUCUCUAUGGGGUUCAGGUCAGGCAAGUUGGCUGGCCAAUCAAACACAGUAAUAUCAUGGUCAGCGAACCAUUUGGUAGUAGUUUUGGCACUGUGGGUAGGUGCUAAGUCCUGCUGGAAAAGGAAAUCAGCAUCUCCAAAAAGCUCGUCAGCAGAUGGAAGCAUGAAGUGCUCUAAAAUCUCCUGGUAGAUGGCUGUGUUGACUUUGGACUUGAUAAAAUACAGUGGCCCAACACCAGCAGAUGACAUGGCACCCCAAAUCAUCACAGACUGUGGAAACUUCACACUGGGCUUCAAACACCUUGGAUUCUGUGCCUCUCCACUCUUCCUCCAGACUCUAGAACCGUGAUUUCCAAAUUAAAUGCAAAAUGGACUUUCAUCUGAAAAGAGGACUUUGGACCACUGAGCAACAGUCCAUUUCUUUCUCUCCUGAGCCCAGAUGAGACACUUCUGACAUUGUCUCUGGCUCAGGAGUAGCGCAGUGCUUCAUUGCAAGAGUCACUUUUUUUAAAGAUUUAUUUUUGAGCGAGUUUGCCUUUGUUUAACAGUAGCUGGUAUAGAGGUUGGCAGAAAACAGGGAGAGAAGGUGAAAAACCCAAGGCAAGAAUCAAGCCAUGUUUCAGGAGUUACCGGUACAAGACAUGUGCAGUAACCACCAGACUACCAAGACCCACAGUUUCGCCUGCUCCUGCACUGAAAAAAGUAACCUACCGUAUAGAAUUUACUCAAUAAAUCUGAGGUAACAAUUUGCAUUGACUUGUUUGGGGUAGAUUUAAUUCCAUAUAUUGAGUAUAAAAUAACUGAAAUAAAAAGCUAUGAAAUACUUAAAUUGGGUAAAAUUUACCUCACAUUUAUGUAACUAUUCAACAGCUACUUUCUCAUUGAAAUUGGGUAAAAUUAUCUCUUGUUUGCUAGUAGGUAAUAGCUCUACCUGAUGAUUACUAAUCAAAGGUAAUUAAUAUCACUUACAGUAGUAACCAUUACUUAUUCAGAGAAGGUAAGAUGUACCCCCCCAAAAAAAAAAACUUUCAGAUGGUUCAUCUGAAAACCAGAAUAAAGUGCAGUACAACAGCUUCACACAACAUUUCAAGUAAUGAUUUUUUUUUUUUUUAAAUGAGAGAAGCGCCAUCUAAUGGCGACACUGUGGAAUCGAAUGAAUGGGCAUGUUUAGAAUUAAAAUAGGAGAGGGAGGGGGUCUGAGCCCUGCAUGGCAGCCCCCUGGCUUUCAGCUGGGAACUGCACAGCAGUCGCAUGGCAGUCGCAUGGCGUGCGGCUGGAACGAACCGAAAUUCAGUGGCUGCUAUGGUAUAUACAUUAAUUUGAAUUACUUUUUGUUCCUUUCAGAUUAAUUUGAAUUCAUUGUGAUCCUAAGAUAUUUAUUUGAAUUACUUCCUGGGUUUCUAAUAUUCAUUUGAAUUCAUGAUUGCUGCUGUAACAUCAAUUUGAAUUAAUAGUCAUUUUAUUAUUUCAAUUUGAAUUAUUUCCAGAUUGAUGACACUAAUUUGAAUCACUUCCUGAUUCUGUCACAUUCAUUUGAAUUCCUUCUUGGUCAUUUGACAUGGAUUUGAAUUACAGGACUUAAACAGAAAACUCUACUCUUGAGUUCCGAAUAAUAGCACAGUUGGGAAUAAGAGUGUAGGGCGGCAAAAUGGGCAAAAAUGAAUAAGAGUGUAGGGUGGAAAUAAGCAUGCAGGCUGGAAAAUUCUCGAGUUUCGAAUAAUAGUGCAGUUGGGAAUAAGAGUAUAGGAUGGCACAUUAGGACAAAUAUAAUAAGCGAUAAGCACACUUGUAGUCUAGAAAAUUAUGCUGAACAGAUCUUGGAGACCAAAUAUCAGUUCAGUAAACAGACAAAUCAUAUCAUGGCUGUCAAAAUUUCUUGUUCGUGUUCUUUUUAUCUAAAACAAACAGUUCCCAUCACCAUGACAUCUGAUGGCCUCGUACCUACUGGUGUCAAAAUGGGUACAAUCCGAUGGAAUAAGUGCACAUGAAAACUCAUCCUUCCCCAUGACUGAAACAUUGAGUAAAUAGCAAUUUGUCAUAAUGAGUAGUUAUGUUGAAAUUGACAAAACUCACAACAAUAUUAUCAGUCAGCAAAAAUGGUAAAAUUGCUUUUUUAUCCAAGCAAAUAAACUAUUAGACAUUUAUGCGCCUCUUGAGGCCCUUGGCCCUAGUUCCAAUGUCUGUCGACCUUGACCUUACCAACCUAGAUCUGAUCGUGAACCAAAAGCGACAGAUGUAAUAUGCAUGUCAUUUGGGGUAACAUUAAUUCCUAGGACGUAUCUGUAUUUGUAAAUUUAUACUGUCAACUACCAUACUUAAGACUCAUUGAGUGUUUUAACCUUAACCAAGUCAAAAGUUGUUGACUGUCGCUUCCUGGCCAUUUCCGUGAUUAUGGUCUAUGGAACCGGCCAGGACCCGAAAAGGGCCAGCAAUAUUGAACCGCUGGCAUAAGUAUUUAAUUACUUGGAAAAAUUGCAUUGUAAUUCACUUCUAUGCUAUUAUAUCUCAAGAAUAUGCUUCCUUAUGGAACUGGAUGGGUGAAAUUCAUGUCAAUUUUCGGUGGAUUGAAAUUGAUCAUAGAUACCAUUGUUUACCACCGGCAGUGUUGUUGGUGCAUCGGCGGUGCUUUGUUGUGUCUGCGCAUGUGCGUAGUGAGUCGUCUGUGUUCAGGCGUUAUUUUCGCUCAUUCGUCACACGUGCUUGUAUUAACAAAUAGAAUAAGCGUGUAGGCCCGAAUAAGACCGUGCAGGCGGGAAUUUUUCGCAAAAAUAAAUAGCCGUGCAUGCACGGUUAUUCGGAACUCGAGAGUAUGGUUCAAACAGGACUUAAACAGAAAACUCUAUGGUUCAAACAUUCGAAAUCUAGGGCAUUAUUCAAGAAGCCCACUGAAAUGGGCUUCUUGAAUAAUGCCUGAUCUAAUACUAACAUUCGGGAUCAACGUAGAAAAUAUAGUCAUACUUCCACAGUCUGAAGUUAUCUCAGAUCAUUAUUUCAUCUCAUUCAAACUAUGUCUGAGUAAUAAUAUAUGCACCUCACCACACCACUGUAUUAAAUGUACAUUCAUUUCAACUACUGCACAGAGCUUUAUAAAUGAUCUCCCAGAGUUAUCAACUUUGAUUCGGUCACUGUCAGCCCCUGCAGAACUUGAUCAGGCAACUGAAUGCUUAGAGUCAACAUUCCGCCAUACCUUAGAUAAUGUAGCACCUCUUAAAAGGAAAAUGGUCAGAGACAAAAAAAUUAGCACCUGGUAUAAUGAUGACACUUGCACAUUAAAACAGACCACUCGAAAAUUGGAAUGUAAAUGGCAUCAAAUAAAAUUGGUAGUGUUCAAAUUAGCAUGGAAGAAGAGCUUCCUGAAGUAUAGAAAAGCUCUUAGUGCUGCUAGAUCAACAUAUCUCUCCUCCUUAACAAAAAUAAUCCUAGAUUCCUAUUUAAUACUGUAGCAAAAUUAACCAGGAAUAAGUCCACUAUACACACAUGCACACCUGUAGUAUGUAGUAGCAAUGAUUUCAUGAAUUUCUUUAAUGACAAAAUUGAGCAUAUCCGACAAAAAAUUCAAACUACUAAUUUAAGAUCAGACAUUGUAGGUGACCCUGUAGUUAACCAUAUAACUGUAUCAGAUCAGCAAAUAGAAUGUUUUACUCCUCUAAAAGAAACUGAAUUACUUUCAUUAAUCUCGGCAUCAAAAACCUCAACUUGCGUACUAGAUCUCUUACAUCUAUUCAAACAGAUAAUACCUGAAGUAAUUGAACCGCUUCUAAAAAUAAUAAAUUAUUCAAGACAGUAGAAGGCGUGACCGACCUGUCAAACCAGACAGGAAGGCCACGCCUUCGGAAACAUCAGCUGAUAAAAGAUGCGUCACCAAUAACAUCCGGUGACACUCUGAGGAAGACGACAGUCGUACGUCGAAACAUGUCAGGUAAACAAACCUAAAAACUAGAUGUCUGAUAAAAAAGAAAAAAACUAACUAUAUUUAAUAUAAGACAUAAUGAACGUAAUUGAAAGAUUAAAAAUAAGUUACGGAGAUGAAAGCAUCAAGGAGUUUCGCUGCCUAGAGAGAUUGACACGAAAACGGGCAUGCUACAGAAACCACCUGAGAUUCAAUCUGCGCUGCCGGGAUGAAGAAGUCGUACCGGCCAGCCUGAACAUCAAGAACCCGAUUCCAACUAGAAACGCGGAGAAGAUGAUCAGGAAAAUGCGGAUGACUCUGGUAAAAGAACGGAUACGGUGCACAACUGACAAACUCAAUAAUAUCAACAGUGAACUACAUAGGGAGAUGGAAACUUUCAAACGCCGGUUUCCCCAGAACAAGGAAAUGGAAUUAGCAAUACACGGACACUUGGCAGACAUACACGAGCAAGAAUUUACCAAGACAAAAACCCGACAAAUCCGAAAACUGGACAAACUCAUCGCACAGAAAAAGAAGGCAGAACCGGAGCACGCACACAUCAACGAAAAAUGGAUCCAUAACAUAUCAAGGGACAAACUCUCACAAGCAGAACACAGUAUACUAGCAAAAGGACUCAACUACGCUGUCACACCGAACAACAUACCACACGAGGAAUUCAUUCUGGCAACUGAAUUAGCAUGUGAGAAAAUACAGGAUCAGGCACAAAAAGCAGCACUAAGAAACACAAUAGCUGGUAUAUUGAAAAUGGCCAAACCACCACCCAGUAACAUCACCAAACAGGAAGCCAAAGCCAUGAGAACAUUAGCAAAAAAUAAAGACAUCACAAUCCUCCCAGCAGAUAAAGGCAGGACAACAGUUAUUAUGGACACUGAUGAAUAUGAACAGAAAAUGAUUGAAUUACUCAGUGACAAGGCAUUUGAAAUAUUAAGAAAAGACCCAACAGAAGACAAGAAAAAGAAACUUAAAGCACUACUCAAACCACUACUCGAUGAAAAUAAAAUAGAUAAGCAGGCAUACAAUCAUUUAGUACCCACAGCCAACGUCAUCCCCAGGAUUUACGGCACACCAAAGAUACACAAACCAGGAACACCAUUACGCCCCAUAGUAGAUAGCAUUGGUUCAGUGACAUACAACUUAUCAAAAGCACUCACCGAAAUAAUUAAACCAUUACUAGGACUCACAGACCAACACUGCAAAAACUCAAAACAACUGGCAGAAGAACUAAAAAACAUCAAAAUGCAGCAAGACGAAGUUUUCAUAUCACAUGACGUCAUAUCUCUGUUCACCAGAACACCCACGGAAGCCACCAUACAGAUAGUACAAGAAAAAUUAAAAACAGACAGGAUGCUCAAGAAACGCACAAACCUCACUGUACAAGACAUCACUCAGCUCCUUCAAUUCAUCGCCACAUCCACAUACUUUCAGUUCAGGAAUACAAUUUACAGACAGAAGGAAGGUUUUGCCAUGCGAGACCCACUAUCAGCCAUCAUGUGUGGCUUUUUCAUGGAAGAUCUGGAGCAGAAAGCACUCACUACAAUACCAGCAGAAUACAGGCCAACACUCUGGAAACGUUACGUGGAUGACAUACUAGAAAAAGUGAAGAGGGGACACACUCAACAACUCACCGACCAUCUCAACACCAUAGACAAUACCGGCAAUAUAAAAUUCAUACAUGAAGAGGAAACGGAGCAGUCAAUAGCAUUUUUGGACUUAAAAAUACAUUACACAGAAGAUGGGGACAUCAAAAUAAAAGUACACAGAAAACCCACACACACCGACCAAUAUUUAAACUGGACUUCCGAACACCCCAUAAUGCACAAAAUAUCUGUAAUUAGAACAUUACAUGAACGCGCAGCAAUAAUUACAGAUCCACAGGACAAAGAACAGGAGGAACAAUAUAUACAACACGCACUGAAGGCAUGUCAAUAUCCACAAUGGGCAAUAUCCAAAGGGGUGGAACAGGUUAAGAACAACAAAACACAGAAGAAAGAGAAAAAACAAACCAACAAACAAGAACACAGGGGAGUAGUUACAUUACCAUACAUUAGGGGAAUAACUGAACGCAUUCAAAGAGCAAUGAGGAAACACAACAUGAACACACCUGUCAAACCACACACAACACUCCGUCAGAUCCUGGUUCAUCCCAAAGACAGAAUACAUCCAGACAACAGAUGCAACACCAUAUAUGAGAUUCCAUGUCAAUUAUGCAAUAAAACUUACAUUGGGGAGACAGGAAGGAGUUUCAACACAAGAAAAAAUGAACAUAAGAAAGAGUGUGAAAAGGAGACAGCUACAAGACAAACCCGAACAAUAAAAGAAAAGGCACAACAGGAAAAUUAUAAGUCAGCCAUAACAGAUCAUUGCAAAAGGGAAAAUCAUAUUAUGGACUGGGGGAAUGCCAGAGUCAUCCGCACAGAAGAUAACAAACAUCAGCGCUGGAUCAGGGAGGCCAUGGAGAUCCGUAAGCGAAGCCUGAGGACCAUCAACCGGGAUGAGGGAGCAUACAUGCUUUCCCAUACCUGGAGUGCCAUCUUGCAGGGGACGAACAGACAGUAGAAGGCGUGACCGACCUGUCAAACCAGACAGGAAGGCCACGCCUUCGGAAACAUCAGCUGAUAAAAGAUGCGUCACCAAUAACAUCUGGUGACACUCUGAGGAAGACGACAGUCGUACAUCGAAACAUGUCAGGUAAACAAACCUAAAAACUAGAUGUCUGAUAAAAAAGAAAAAAAACUAACUAUAUUUAAUAUAAGACAUAAUGAACGUAAUUGAAAGAAUAAAUUCUUCUCUUACGAUUGGCUAUGUACCCAAAUCCUUUAAACUAGCAGUUAUCAAACCCCUGAUUAAAAAACCUGGCCUUGAUCCCUGUCAGCUGUCCAAUAUCAAAUAUCAAACCUCCCCUUUAUCUCCAAGAUCCUUGAAAAAGCUGUUGCACAGCAGUUAUGCUCAUAUUUACAUAAGAAUAACACCCAUGAAAUGUAUCAGUCAGGAUUUAGACCUCAUCAUAGCACAGAGACAGCUUUGGUUAAAGUAGUAAAUGACCUACUGUUGGGGUCUGAUCAGGGCUGUCUCUCGCUGCUUGUGUUGCUUGACCUUAGUGCAGCAUUUGAAUGAAUGAAUGAACCCUUUAUUAUCACUGUACCAGUGAAAUUGACCAUCAACCUGUCCUUACAGAGGGGGAAGACAGGGAUAAAAGAAAAAGAAACAGUAGUAACAUGAGGAAAGAUGAGGGAAAAAAAGAACACCCCCCCACACUAUGCUCCUAUCAGGAGUACAGUGUGGGAGCAUUUAAAAAACCUCCGCCCAAAGCACACAAUAACACAAGUACACUUUAAAACACGGGACUUGAGGGGGGGAAGGGGGGGAGGAGGUAGAGGUAACCCACCGCAAGCAAGCAGCCAUCCGCUCCUGCAGCCAUAAGGGCGCUGGUCACUCACCCGCUUGUCACACUGGGGUGAAAAACGGUGACUGCAGAAAAUUGGGGAAGGAAUGCGAAGAAUGCAAGAGUGUCUCCCAGCAGUGACCUUCUGGGGGAAAUGUUUUCCCAGCAAUGGCCUUGAUCGAGGCCGGUGCUGUUCAGGGAGCUGAAUGUCGAUAAGAUAGAGAUUGUUUGGUCUUUCGAACAGAUGCAGUCUUUACACGUCCACACCACUCGUCCAUAUCUGUCCAUUUUGUCCAUUCUGUUCAAUUCAAUUUGGUCUCCGAAAUACUUAUUCCUUGCAAAGCCGAAAGCAUCUCCAAGAUGACAACCAUGUUGUGGUUCAAGUUCUAACAGCCACAAUCUGAGUACCGACAACUUUGCCCACCGCUUCAAUCAUAUCGGGCAGCUUUGUGGGGUUUUGAACAGCUGUCACCAUUGUCUGAUUUCCUCGAUAUACCAGGGCAAUGUCUAAUCCAAUCAGCAAAAGUCCGGUAAUCAUGGUUCCGAAUAGGUAGAUAUUUUCAAUGUCCUCCACAGACAUUCCGGCAGGACAGGCGGGUUCCCCCGAACCCAGGCUUCUCGUUGAAAAAACUGUCAAUUUCGUUAGGAGACCAGUUUAUCAAAUCCAUGCUUUUUUAGUUUAGAAAUUCAAUGUGGAGAGAGUCUCUAAAAAAACCAAAAAGUAUAGGCAGACGAGACGAAACAAAGAGCACAAGCAGGAAAAAAAAGGAGAGGAGAGGAGAGCAGAGAAAUGCGACUGCCUUCCGUGAGAGCACGGAGAGCUUGAUACCACUGAUCAUUCCAUUCUUCUGGAUAGACUAGAAAAUGUUGUGGGAAUUAGAGGAACAGCCCUCUCCUGGCUCAGCUCUUAUUUAACUGAUCGCUAUCAAUGAUGAUGUUUCCAGACAUACUGAGGUAAAGUUUGGUGUUCCACAAGGUUCUGUCUUGGGUCCAUUGCUUUUUUCUUUAUAUAUGUUACCUGUGAGUGAUAUUAUUCGUAAACAUUGUAUUAGUUUCCACUGUUAUGCUAAUGACACACAGUUGUAUGUUUCUGCAAAACCUGAUGAGAGACACCAGCUUAAUAGAAUUGAGGAAUGUGUAAAGGACAUUAGACACUGGAUGCUUAUUAACUUCCUUCUGCUUAACUCUGACAAGACUGAAGGACUUGUAUUAGGACCACAUGCAGCUAGAAGUAAGUUUUCUGAUUCCACAGUAACUCUGGAUGGGCUUUCUGUUUCUUCACGUGCAGCAGUAAAAGACCUCAGAGUGAUUAUUGACCCCAGUCUUUCAUUCAAAACUCACAUUGAUAACAUUACCCAGAUAGCUUUCUUUCAUCUCAGAAAUAUUGCUAAGAUAAGAAAUUUAAUGUCACUACGUGACGUGGAAAAACUAGUUCAUGCUUUUGUUACCUCCAGGUUGGAUUAUUGUAAUGCCUUACUGUCUGGAUGUUCCAAUAAGUGCAUAAACAAGCUCCAGUUAGUUCAAAAUGCAGCAGCAAGAGUCCUUACUAGAACUAGAAAAUAUGACCACAUCACCCCUGUCUUAUCCACACUGCAUUGGCUCCCAAUCAAAUUUCAUAUUGAUUAUAAAGUACUACUAUUGAACUUUAAAGCACUGAAUGGUCUUGCACCACAGUAGCUGAGUGAACUUCUGCUCCUCUAUGGCCUGCCACGACUACUUAGAUCAAAAGGUGCAGGUUAUCUGCUGGUACCUCGUAUAAUGAAGGCUACAUCAGGGGGCAGAGCCUUUUCUUACAAGGCCCCACAGUUAUGGAACAGCCUUCCAAGUAGUGUUCGGGAAUCAGACACAGUCUCAGUGUUUAAGUCUAGGCUGAAAACAUAUCUGUUUAGUCAAGCCUUUUGUUAAUGGUGUUUAUGAGGUAAAGGUGUAGAUCUGGAGGGUCCUCAGACAUAGUGUUUUGGUAAACUGGGAUGUAUGGAUGCUGUUAGUCCCCCACUUGCUUGCUCACUCAAGUUUGUUGACAGUGUACUGGCUGGCUGCUUUAUGGCCCGGGGCUCCCUCAUGCCUGUGUUACCUUCUGGCUCUCCCCUUUUAGUUAUGCUGUCAUAGUUAGUUGCCGGAGUCCCUGCUUGUACUCAGUGCAAGAUGUACAGUGGUGCUUGAAAGUUUGUGAACCCUUUAG